AUGGAUCGUCUGAACGUAUUCGGUGCAGACGAGUUUAAAUUAACAAAUAGUCAUGGGUAUAAUUAUAUUAGCGGAAGAUUAAUAAUCGUUUGUAAUAAAUACGAUCGAAUUGUUUUCGAAAGAAAAGACUAUAUCACAAUCCGAAUGAAAAUGAGACGAGACAUUCAGCAAGUUUUAGAAACCAAAGAAAUUUUGAUCACCUUUACUUCAGCUGCUGCGGGUGAAUGUGAAGGAUGCCUGAAUGAGACAUUUGUGAAAAAGAUAAAAGAUCUUGAACUCUUGAUUGACUCAGUUCAAGAGUUAAAAUCGAAAAUUCAUAAUAAAAUAAGAAAAAAUAAAAAAGAUUUAAUUCAAGACCUAUCAAUAAAAGCAGCAAGAGAUGAGAUUUUACAACAAUCAUAUCAGUGGACCCGAAACCAGAGUACAAAACAUAAUGGUCUCAAUGUAAUUCGUCAAUUAGCUACAGUCGUUCCGUAUCCUUUUCUUGCUGCUGCUUCUCAACUUAUAAACGAAAAACGUUUAGUCGGCAUAUCAAAACACUCAGCUUUUGCCUCAUUUAAUGCGCAUCAUUUAUCAAAUUUUUUGUAA